AUGGCAUCUACCACAUCAUUUGGCGAUUCAAACUCUGGGUUACAAGCUGCUAUCAUCAAUGGAAAUGUCACUGCGCAGUUCGAACAAUCAGCAUUAUUGAAUCAAGCAUGCAUACGAGAUUUACGGACGACGCACCCACCUGAUGAUAAAGAUCGUAUUCAGAACACGAACGGGGGGCUACUCAGAGACUCAUACUCUUGGAUUUUAGACAAUGAAGGGUUCAAACAAUGGCAGGAUUCCCGUGAAAGCCCUCUCCUCUGGAUCAGAGGUGAUCCCGGAAAAGGCAAGACAAUGCUCCUAUGCGGUAUUAUCGAUGAGUUGGCACGGUUGAAUGGAGAAUCAUCAAAUAUCUCGUUCUUUCUCUGCCAAGCGGCCGACAUUCGAACAAAUAGUGCCACGGCGGUGCUUCGUGGAUUGAUUUACUUACUCGUUGUGAACCAACCAUGCCUUCUCGCACACGUCCGAAGUCGAUAUGAUCAAGCCGGGAAGACCCUAUUCGAGGAUGUUAAUGCGUGGAGUGCACUUUUGGCUAUCUUCAAAGAUAUUCUGAAUGAUCCUUUGUUGAAAGAUGCCUACCUGAUAAUUGAUGCCUUGGACGAGUGUAUAACUGGUCUUCGUUCCCUUCUGGACUUUAUUGUCCAGUAUUCGCCGGUUCACCCUCAGAUAAAGUGGAUCGUUUCUAGCCGCAAUUGGCCUGAAAUCACUGAGCGUCUUUAUAUUGCAGCCCAAGUGGCUCCGAUCUCAUUAGAGCUGAAUGAGGGAUCUGUGUCCGAGGCUGUGAAAAAGUACAUUUAUCAUAAAGUCGACAUUCUGGCAAAAGUCAAAAGAUACAACAACAACGUCCGGGAGAGGGUUUUUCGUCACUUAUUGUUGAAUUCGCAAGAUACCUUCCUGUGGGUAGCCUUGGUCUAUCAAAACCUUGAUAGAACACCGCCAAGAUAUGCUCUUAAGAAGCUAGAAGCAUUUCCCCCGGGGCUUGACGCUCUAUACAGUCGAAUGCUCAAUCAGGUGCGCAAGUCAGAAGAUGCUGAACUCUGCAAGCAAAUACUCGCUAUUAUGUCCACAGUAUACCGGCCUAUCACGCUCUACGAGCUGGCAUCAGUCAUUGAAAUGCCGGAGGAUAGCUAUGAUGUAAAGGAAUAUCUCUCGGAGGUUGUGGCCUUUUGUGGGUCGUUCCUGACGUUAAGGGAAGACACUGUUGCAUUUAUCCAUCAGUCCGCAAAGGAAUUUCUCCUUCGGGAGGAAUCACUUGCUGAGAUACUUCCUAAAGGCAUAGAUGCUGAACAUCAUUCGAUUUUCGCACGCUCCGUCGAUAUGAUUUUCAAAACACUACGACGUGAUAUCUUAAACAUCAAAUUGCCUGGAUUCCUCGCCAAGGAUAUCAAACGUCCUAUCCCAUAUCAACUGGCAGCGGCGGAGUAUGCCUGUGUCUACUGGGUGGAUCAUCUACAAGCUAGCAAAUCCGAUGCAACAUAUAGGCUGAGCCCAGCCGACAAGAACCGUGUGGAUACGUUUCUACGGCAAAAAUAUCUUCACUGGCUCGAAGCCCUUAGCAUUUUUGCAAGGCUGUCAGAUGGCAUUCAAGCGAUGCGCAGACUUGAGAUAUUAAUCGAGGAAAAGGGCAAGUCAGAAGCCUUAAUAAAUCGAGCUCGAGAUGCGUCGAAGUUCAUUCGAUACCACAGAACGGGGAUUGAAAGCAGCCCUUUACAAAUAUAUUGCUCAUCUCUCAUCUUCAGUCCAUUAAAAAGCCUCACGGGAGUUUCUUUUCGGAAAGAAAGAGCACAUUGGGUUUCGGCACAUACUGUGGUAGAGGAAGAUUGGAACAUUUGUUUACACACUCUGGAGGGUAAUAGUGGAGCCGCAUUUUCAAUCGCCUGGUCAUUAGAUGGACGCCGACUUGCAUCAGCGUCGGAUAAUAAGACUGUCAAGAUCUGGGACACAACCACCGGCCAGGUUGUGUCCACACUUGGUCAUACUGCUUCUGUUACCUCAAUCGCUUGGUCGCAAGAUGGAAGCCGACUCGCAUCAGCGUCUUCCGAUAAAACGGCGAGGAUCUGGAAUCCUGCCACCAGCCAGAGCCUGUCAACUCUUAGGGGGCAUAGUCUUCCGGUUAGCUUAAUUACUUGGUCGCCAGACGGAAGCCGGAUUGCAUCAGCAUCCCACGAUAAGACAAUCAGGAUCUGGGAGCCAGCUACUGGGCAAUGUUUGAUUACUCUUGAGGGCCGCAGUGAUUUCAUCAACGUGAUUGCCUGGUCCCCAGAUGGAAGACGACUUGCAUCGGCAUUAAGGGAUCGAACAAUCCAAGUUUGGGACCUAGCUGUUAGCCAGAGUAUCUCCAUUUUUAAUGGGUGUAAUGGCCAAGCCCGGUCAAUCACCUGGUCACCAGAUGGAAGCCAACUCGCAUCAGCGUCAAAUGAUAAAACAGUCAUAAUCUGGGACCCAGCUACUGGAAAAAGCAUAUCUACUCUUUCUGGGCAUAGUGAUUCAGUUAAUACAGUUACCUGGUCGCAAGAAGGGUCCAAAAUUGCAUCAGGGUCUGCCGAUACAACGGUCAGAAUCUGGGAUCCAGCUACCGGCCAGAGUUUGUCAGCUCUUAAGGGGCAUAUUAAGUCGGUCGACUCGAUCGAGUGGUCGCCCGAUGGAAGCCGCCUCGCAUCAGCGUCCCGUGACAAGACAGUCAUAGUGUGGGACCCAGCUACUGGACAAGGUGUGACCACCCUCGAAGGACAUGCUCAUUUGAUAAACACGAUUGCCUGGUCGCCAGAUGGAGGCCGACUUGCAUCAGCGUCCUAUGAUAAGACAGUCAGAAUCUGGGACCCAGCCAUCAGUCACAGUACAUCUACCUUUGAUAGGCAUAGUGAUUCAAUCAUCUUAAUUACUUGGUCACCAGAUGAAAGCCGACUUGCAUCAGCAUCCUUUGAUGAGACGGUCAAGAUUUGGGACCCAGCCACUGGAAAAAUUAUUUUUACUCUUAAGGGGCAUAGCGAUUUAGUCAACUUGGUUGCUUGGUCACAAGAUGGAACUCAACUUGCAUCAGUAUCUGCUGAUAAGACAAUCAGGAUCUGGGAUCCAGCCGCUGGUCAGAGUAUAUCUAUUCUGAAGGGGCAUAAUGAUUGGAUCAAUUCAAUUUCCUGGUCACAAGAUGGAACGCGACUUGCAUCAGGGUCCGCUGAUCAGGCUGUCAGAAUCUGGGAUCUAGUCACUGGAAAGAGUAUAUAUACUCUCAAGGGACAUACUUAUUCUGUCACCUCAGUCGCUUGGUCUCUAGAUAAUAGCCAACUGGCAUCAGCGUCCGAUGAUAAGACAGUCAGAAUCUGGGACCCAGCCACCGGCCAGGUUCUAUCCGUACUUGAAGGCCAUACUGAGUCUGUCACCUCGAUCGCCUGGUCGCUAGAUAAUAGCCAACUCGCAUCAGAGUCCAAUGAUAAGACACCAUACUGA